AUGGAUUCUAAAUAAUCAAAAGCAAUAGAGAAGAUUGAAAAGGCUGGCUUCCUCGAGAAGCAUAACCAACUAAUUGCUUAAGGUUACACUAAUCCCUGGUUCAAUUAUAAACUUUUAAAGGAUUAUGAUGGAAAUCUUGAUUAGGUUAAAGUUGCCUACAAUGAAAAUAAAAAAAGAAAAGAUGAACAAAAUGGCAAAGCUCUCAAGAUUUUGGAAACUAUGGGGUGGUUAAAUAAACAUUAAGAACUUGUUCAAAAAGGAUUUAUUCAAGUCAAAAAAAAUUUAAAAGCAUUACUUGCAACUGAAGGAGAUUUACCUAAGAGCAUUGAAAAAUUAAGUAUCAAGAAGACCUUUUAAACUGAUUAACCAAUAGAUCAAAUUAUAGAGUAACAUGGUUUCAAAGUUUAAUAUGAUAAAUUAAAAGAAAUGGGUUAUGACAACUAAAAGAGAAUUGUGAGAUUGCUAUUGAAAUUCAAUGGUAAUUUGGAAUCGAUUGUUGAUAAGCUAUUGAAUGAGAAAGGUUGUAAAAGCGAACAUUGUAAGAAUAAAGGAGAAAAAUGUUAAAAAAACAAAACUUCUUAAGAAUUUUAGGAAUUUAAAUAGAAAAAGUAAGAGUACAAGAAGAAGGUGGUUGAGUUAGAGUAAAGUGGAAUUCCUCGUAAUAGAGCAGUGAAACUUUUAGCUAUUUGGAAUGGGGAUGCCGAUGCUGUUUUAAAAUGUGCCAAAUAAGUUAAGCCUUAGGCUGAAACAUAAACUUUGUAAGAACAAUAAGUUCUUGCAUAAGAAUGA